UAAUAAAUCACCAGAGGAGUCUCCGGAUUUCGCAGGCACAAUCCAUUCACUCUUGAACCGGAAGCACCAGGUAACCGAGAAGCUGCAGAGAGCGCGAGAAAGAGAGAAAAUGUUGGGAAGGGGAGGAAGGAAAGCGAGCGACUCAGGAUCGCGUUCGGCUUUCUAGCCUCCCUCUCCCUACACGUUGACACGCCCGGGAUCGAGAAGAGAUGCCGCUCCCGGAGAAGCAAACACACCCCACUAUGGAACAGUAAUUCAAGAACCAAGACUACCUUGCGAGCAGGGAAAGAGGGCAUAGCAGCGUGUGGACUCUUCUGGAUCCCAGCGACGACAUGCAGGAAAAUUAUGAGAAUGUGAUCUCUUUGGCAGAGGAAAUUGCAAUCAGCUGGCCCCGGAUAACUGCUUUUGCCGAAUCUCACCGGAGAAGAGGACUGGCACCUAUUUCCUUUCCCAGACCACAGGAGUUACUGGAUUCUCUCAUUGUUCCAGCAGAUGAUGGGAUGAUGAGUAACAAUGGGAAUGAGGAGGAGGAAGAGGAGGAGGAGGAGGCGGUGGCAACACCACAGGAUGGAGGAGGAGAAGAAGACGGUGGGGAGAACAUUGCAGUGGAGAAAGUAGACACCCAACAGGACCUUCUGCAGGAGAAGUCGAAGGAGAAGGCCAGCAAUGAAAGCCAGGGCCAGGCAGCCCUGAAGGAGCAGCCAAAGAAGUCCUUGGGGAAGAAACAGGCCAGCAAGCCCAUUGCUCACCGUGGCUUCAAGAAGUUCUCCCCACGAGGCCACCACGGGCUGCUCAGCCAUGCCGGGCGAUGCCUCGAUUGCGGGAAGGGCUUUGGCUUUGGCAAGCGCUCACGGCUGCACAGUGGCAGCGGCCUGGAGAAGCCUUACAAGUGCAAUGAGUGCGGAAAGUGCUUCCGCCUCAACUCCACCCUCGUGACCCACCAGCGGCGCCACACCAGCACCAAGCCCUACCGCUGCGCCGAGUGCGGCAAGAGCUUCAGCGUUGGCUCGGCCUUCAUCCAGCACCAACGCAGUCACGUGGGCAAGAAGACGAGUGCGAGCCCAGCUCGGCCCUGCGAGUGCAAUGUCUGUGGCAAGAGCUUUGGCCUUCCUGCCCACCUCAUCAAACACCAAAAGCAGCACUUGGAAGAGAAGCCCUACAAAUGCACCGAGUGCGGCAAGGGCUUCAACUGGAACUCGCACUUAGAGCGCCACCGGCGCAUCCACACCGGUGAGAAGCCCUACGUCUGUGAGGAUUGCGGCCGUGCUUUUGCUUGGAGUUCUCACCUCGACCGCCACCGGCGCAUCCACUUUGGCAGCAUCCAGGCUUCUCCUUGCAAGUGCUGCCUGGCUUCCACAACCACACCAGCAAGCAAAGCCAGCACCAAACCCUACCAGUGUGGUGACUGCGGGAAAGGGUUUAACAAGAACGCGGCGCUGUCCAAGCACCGGCGUGCGCACCACGCUGCAGAGAAACCCUAUGUCUGCGAAGACUGUGGCAAGAGCUUUGGGCUGAACGGUGCCCUGCUUCAGCACCGGCGCACCCGCCACCCCGAUGGCUCUGCCAAGCCCUACACCUGCAGUGACUGUGGGAAGAGCUUUGCUUGGAGUUCCCACCUGGACCGGCACCAGCGCAUCCAUGCUGGUGACAAGCCCUACCACUGCGAUGACUGUGGUAAGGGCUUCUCACAGAGCUCCCACUUGGAGCGGCACCAGCGGGUGCACAGGAGUGCUGAGCACCUGCCCUGUCGUUGCAUGGACUGUGGUUUCUUGGGCGGGCGGCGAAAACGCCGGCGUGGGACCUUGCUGCCCUGCAAGUGCAGUGACUGCGGCAAGAGUUUCCUCUGGCGGCGCCCGGCUUGCAGUGAGUGCGGGAGGGGCGGGGGGGAGGGCGUGCGGCACCAAGGAACUCAGACAGGUGAGAAGCCCUACUCUUGUAUAGACUGCGGCAAGUGCUUUGCCCAGAACUCGGCACUGGCCAAACACCGGCGCAUGCACACUGGCGAGAAGCCCUACAAGUGCAACGAGUGCGGCAAAAGUUUCAGCGUGCGUUCCAACCUGCUGAAGCACCAGCGCACCCACUUGGGUGAGAAGCCCUACAAGUGCGCCGACUGUGGAAAGGGCUUCAUCCAGAAGUCUGACCUCACCAAGCACCGGCGCAUGCACACUGGCGAGAAGCCGUACCGCUGCGAUGCCUGCGGCAAGUGCUUCAGCGUCAGCUCUAACCUCAUCAAACACCAGCGCAUCCACCUGGGUGAGAAGCCCUAUGCUUGCGGGGACUGUGGCAAAGCCUUCAUCCAGCGCUCGGAGCUCACCAUCCACCAGCGCACCCACACCGGGGAGAAGCCCUACAAAUGCAGCAUCUGUGGCAAAUGCUUCAGCCGCAGCUCCCACCUCAACCGCCACCAGCGCACCCAUAGCAACGACAAGGCCUCUGCUGGCACUGGCACAGCCCCUGCUUCGCUGCUGGCUGCUGGCACCCCCAAGCCUGCUGCUCCUCUCCCUGCCUCAGCCUUCUCUGCCUCCUUCGGUUCACCAGGCCCCCUCCCCACCCUGUCUUCCUUCCCUCCUUCUCCCUCCUCCCUCCCCAUCCCUUCCCUGGAUCUACCCUGGGCCCUGCCUUUCACCUCCCGAGGCUUCCAACAUCCGUCCUUCCCCUCGCCUGCCCCUUCUGGGGCCCAGGCCUCUUCCUUGAUAAACUAGCCCCUUCCUGUUCU